CAUUAAUGUAUUUGUUUUUCUCUUCCUUAGCUGUUAAUAUCAAGUAUCAGCAAGUUCUCGAUCGACAGGAUGAACACUGAGAAGGACUUUGCUCCUCUCACCUCCAACAUUGUGCGAGCUCUCAAUGACAAGCUCUAUGAGAAAAGAAAAGUGGCUGCCCUGGAGAUUGAGAAAUUGGUGCGAGAGUUUGUAGCGCAGAAUAACACUGGACAAAUCAAACACGUGAUCCAAAUCCUGUCCCAGGAAUUUGCACUUUCACAGCAUCCUCACAGCCGUAAAGGUGGCCUCAUUGGUCUUGCUGCCUGCUCCAUCGCCCUCGGCAAGGAUUCUGGUUUGUAUCUGAAGGAACUCAUUGAGCCGGUUUUGACCUGUUUCAACGAUGCUGAUAGUCGAUUGCGUUAUUAUGCCUGUGAGGCCCUUUACAAUAUAGUAAAGGUUGCCAGGGGCUCAGUCCUUCCUCAUUUCAAUGUACUGUUCAACGGUCUCAGUAAGUUGGCUGCAGAUCCAGAUCCCAAUGUUAAAAGUGGUUCCGAAUUGCUGGAUCGAUUAUUAAAGGAUAUUGUCACAGAAAGUUCCAAAUUUGACCUCGUGGCCUUUGUCCCCCUCUUGAGAGAGCGGAUUUAUUCCAACAAUCAGUAUGCAAGACAAUUCAUCAUCUCCUGGAUCCUGGUAUUGGAAUGUGUUCCUGACAUUAACCUGCUGGACUAUUUGCCAGAAAUCCUGGAUGGACUGUUUCAGAUUCUUGGUGAUAACAGUAGAGAGAUCCGUAAAAUGUGUGAGACUGUCCUUGUUGAGUUUUUGAAAGAGAUCAAGAAAAACCCUUCAAGUGUCAAAUUUGCUGAAAUGGCCAACAUCUUGGUCAUCCACUGCCAGGCCUCUGAUGACUUGAUUCAACUGACUGCAAUGACUUGGAUGCGGGAGUUCAUCCAGUUAGCUGGUCGUGUGAUGCUGCCGUACUCCUCAGGAAUCCUGACGGCCGUUCUACCAUGCCUCUCCUACGAUGACAGGAAGAAAAGUAUUAAGGAGGUAGCAAACGUGUGUAACCAGACCCUGAUGAAGCUGAUUAUGCCGGAGGAUGAUGGUGACAAUAUCCGACAGUUCAUGCUGCAGCAGCUAGAUGGCACUGCUGAUGAGUCCUUCUCAAACCGCAAGAACUCCUCUGAUCAGUCAAACACGUCCCAGGACUUGAACACCAGCAACCACAUUGGCGAGUCUGUCACGAUAGACCAUUCUCAGGAAGCCCUUGACUUAGAUGGAAUCGUGCUGGUGCUUGAUCGGCAUCUUCAUGACACAGUCACAGGGAUGAUGACAAGAAUUGCCGUCUUGAAGUGGUUAUAUCAUCUUUAUAUCAAAACUCCCAGGAAGAUGUUUCGGCACACAGACAGCCUCUUUCCCAUGUUGCUGAAGACACUUUCUGAUGAGUCAGACGAGGUGAUCUUGAAAGACUUGGAGGUGUUGGCAGAAAUUGCUUCCUGUCCAGCGGGUCAGACAGAAGGACAAGAUUCAUGUGAGAGCAACAGCACCCAAAACAGCCAGUCAGAGCUGAACAUUCCCAUUUCUGCCUCCACGCCAUUGAACUCUUGCAGGCCUCGAACGUUGGAAUGCUCCCCCUCAACUCCCACCAUGAACUCCUAUUUCUUCAAGUUUAUGAUCAACUUGCUGAAGCAGUUCAACAACGAGAAGAGACUGCUGGAAAUACGAGGGCCUUUCAUCAUCCGGCAGUUGUGCCUUCUAUUAAAUGCCGAGAAUAUCUUUCAUUCGAUGGCCGAAAUCCUCCUUCGCGAAGAAGACCUCAAGUUUGCUUCCACCAUGGUCCAAACCCUCAACUCCAUUCUCCUGACGUCGACAGAACUCUUCCAGCUACGGAACCAGCUGAAGGACCUGCGCACAACGGAAAGCUGCAACCUGUUCUGUGGCUUGUAUCGUUCCUGGUGUCACAACCCUGUCGCCACCGUGUCCCUCUGCUUCCUCACACAGAACUACAAACACGCCUACGACCUCAUUCAGAAGUUUGGGGACCUUGAGGUGACCAUUGAUUUCCUGACUGAGGUGGACAAGCUGGUGCAGUUGAUCGAGUGUCCAAUCUUCACGUAUCUGCGGUUGCAACUCCUUGACGUUGAGAACAAUCCCUACCUGAUCAAAGCCCUGUAUGGACUACUUAUGCUUUUGCCCCAGAGCAAAGCAUUCCAGCUCCUUUCACAUCGACUGCAGUGUGUACCCAACCCAGAACUUAUGCGAACCACGAUCCCCCCAGACCACGUGCAGUUGCUUCAGCUUGAAAUACCAGACAGGAGUUCUAGGCCUCUCCUGAUGCUAUUCUUGAAUUGGGUGCUCCAAGGUGCAAGGCCCAGUGAGAAGCCCACAGCCCCCAACAGGCAAGUCCCUUUGGAAAUCAACUAUAGCGAACUGCUGCAGCACUUUGAGAAGGUACAGAACAAGCACCUGGAAAUCCGACACCAGCGAGCAGGCCGCAAUGAUCAACUGGACAGGAAACCCCCCCGUGACACAGAGACCACUUAUUGUGUAUGAUGGGCAUCUAGUCAAAGGACAAUGCUCGACUGUCGGACUACCAGCUGUAAGACUGACUGAACCGUGAAGCCCUUUUUGUUGGGCUGCCCUACUGCCUUUGUAAUGCAAAGUUCUUUGCCACUACUAGUGCUCACAGUACGUGAGCUGGCCAAUAUUCCUGUGUUAAUUGUGUAGAAUUUAUAGGUCUGUGAGAACCUCAAAGUGGAGUAGUGAUCACUGUUCCCCAAUGCCCCUCCCUCUUUGCACUGACCACUGUUUUGUAAUGCUCCAACAUGGUAAAAUCUUUGCACUGUUCGCUGUUCUCUGCUGUUCCCCUUCAAUGACCCAAAGUGGUAAAGUCUUUGCACUAUCACUGCUGAUACCCAGUUGGCAAACCACAUAUGAUAGUUCUCCAGUCCAGAGAGUAUUUUAAUUUUUGCUUGUGUACCCACCCCAUGCAUGACAUUUCACAGCUAGAUCCUCUGCUCCCCUGCAGUGGUGAUCAAAUUCUGAUCUCUGCUUAAAUCCAUCUUCCUUUCACAGGAGCAGAAAAUAUCUCUGUCAGCACAGAUUUGGAAAUUUCUCCAGCAGCCAGAAUUUGCAAUAUUGUUAGGUGAACUUGGUCAGUGUGAGUAGGCUGUUUGUUCCUCCUUUUAAUUGCACUACCAUCCGGCACUUAAUAUGCACAGUCUGUAGCAUUGUCAACAGGAACAGAUUUAUACUGAUCUCUUGUCGACUGGUGUUCUUAUGGACACAAAGUUGCAGUGACUGGUGUGGACACUGGGAAGAUAUCUCACUGCUUCAGUAAGGACGACUCAAAUUGAAGCUGCCGCACUUUGUCAUGAUGAGUAUAGUGAGCUUUAUCUGCAUCUAACAGUGAGAUGCCUGACCUGGUUUUGUUUGUCACUGGUGGUGAUGCUGGUAAUGAGCAACACUGAACAUCCCAAACCCUGGUGAGCACUGGUGCAUUUACAGAGGAAGUGGCAAGGCAAACAUUAGUCAAUAGAAUUUAAAUGAGACGCAUCUUAUUAAACAGAAGUAGAAGGAAUUCUCUGGUCAUGGCUGAUCUUGAUUGAAGGUUGGUCAUUGAAUUGCAAUAAACCAUAACAUUUAUAAUUGAUGAAGGUAAAAAUGGCUAUAAAAUCAGGUGCACUAAUUGUUACUUUGGAACAUUUCAAUGUGACUUGUGAGGCACAGUUGUACCAUAAUUUGAAUGACUGUAUCGGUUAAUCCUGAAAGUCAGCUCAGUUCACUUGAGAAAGCAGUGAAGUAAAGACAGAGUAACUUUCCUGAGUGCUGAGCUAUCCAUCUGCCUCACUAUUAAAGCUCCCAACUGAACAUUGCUGACCUGUUUGUCACACUUGAUGGUUGUCACAUUCUGUUCGUUACAUUCUGUUUGUUCAUAAGAUUUCUGAAAGCAAUUUAGAUGUCACGCUUGUUUUAAACUAUCAGGUGAGGGAUAGGGGAGAUGUUGUGGAUUGAAAAUUUUGCACUGCGAUAAACCAUGACAGCCCUGUGGCUGAUCUCUGGGCUUUGUGAUUUUACUCUAGGUUUCACUGGCCUCUCAUUUUUCACUGUCCCUCCUUUGACCUGUCGCUACUGCCUGUUUAUAUCAAUGGAAUCCUCAGAAGGUCAGAGUUAGUGGAAUAGAAAGGCACAACUCUGAAAACCUUGUUUUCUGUCUGUAUUCAAAAUUCCUUUUGUAAAAGGAGCAAAUAUUGAUAUUUUGUCAGCCAGUAAGCUUGAGAAUAGAGCAAAUAAAAACCGAAAGAACUGUGCAUGCUGUAAAUCAGGAAUAAAAACAAAAUUGCUGGAAAAGCUCAGCAGGUCUGGCAGCAUCUCUGAUGGAAAAAACAGAGCGAACAUUUCGGGUCCGGUGACCCUUCCUCGGAAGGGUUGUUCUGACGAAGGGUCACUGGACCUGAAACAUUAACUCUUGUUUUUUCCCUUCACAGAUGCUACCAGACCUGCUGAGCUUUUCCAGCAACUUUGUUUUUGUUCCUGAGAAUAGAGCCAGACUUGUUCUAAUUUACUCGAACUACAGCAAACAGUCUGAACUUGUGAACAGAACUGGAGCAGAGUCUGUAUACCAAUGAGCGACAGCAAACAGACUCUCUUGAAUAUAGGAAGAUUGUUUCUCCGACAGAAUGCAGUGUGGAGGAGAGUUGUACAACACAGAUUGUUUAUGCGUGUAAUAGGAACUUCAGGGAUGUUUGAUUGCCAAAGGAAUUGCCCAAACAGCUCUAUUCUGAUUGCAAAUAGUGGUUUCACUAUAUUCAUCCUUGUUCAAUUUUAAAAUGGCAUGAUCUCUUUACACUGGGAAGUAGGGAAACGCUUUCUCCCUAGCAUGACCUGUGAAAGGAGCCACAGCAUCAACAGCUCCUUCAAGCAUGAUCAACAUUUGCUGUUUGAUCAGAAAGAUUCAGAAAAUAAGGUUGAUUCUUUGUACUUUUAUAGACCAAUUGUUGCUGUCAUUCUUUGAGGUCAGCCCUCUCCAGUUUUCAGAUCCACUUAACAGUUGAUCAUUCCCAAGACGGAAAAAUAUUUAAACCUAUUUAACAUCCUCCAAUGAAAUAAAUAAAAUUGACCACCACCGUCUUGUACAAUGUGUAUAAAUGCAACAAGAUUCGAUCCCUUUCCCCAUCUGGCUCCUGUUUGGCUGUAACAUGGAUUAAUGGCCUAUUGGUCAAAGCAGCCAGUGCCCCCCCGUGCCCCCACCCCCCCCUCCUCCACCCCACCCCACCCCACCCCACCCCACCCCACCUCACCUCACCUCAGAUCCUGAAAUCUCCAGCCCUUAAAGUCUCCCACAACCCCCUCUCAGUUUUCUAAAUAUGUGUUUAAAUGCUGAAUAAUGACACCAUUCACUUUUUAAAAGAUAAAUAGAACUCACUACAUUUAGUUGCAACCUUACGCCUCCUCUUCCUUCAGUGACCCUUUCUCAGAAGGGAAGGGAAACAAAUUAGGAUUAACUUUUAUAUCUAUGAUAAUGUAUUUGAAUUUGAUUUUAAAUGAGUAUGCUGCUUACAUAUAAUGGAUUGUUUAUGGUUGCUCUAUUUGUCCAGCACAAGGACAUCAGAAUUAUUAGAGGAAACACAUCAGUGGUUUAAUUCAAUAUAUUAACUGAAAAGUUGUACUCUGAAAAUUUUAAUGUUGAGUAUGAUACUCCUUUAUUACAAAUCCAUGGACAGACCUGUAACUAUCAUUACUUCACCUGCAGAGCUCCGUGCUUCCAGAUCUGUAGGCCCCAGUUAUACAGUGGCAGGUCACUGCUGAUCCCACUGUGAUGCAAUGACCAACACAUUCAGAUUUGGAAGAGAAAUGCGACAGUACAACUAGGUGCUUUUCACACCUUGAGUGUGAUAUUGUACAAAUUCCCUUAAACACGUUACUUCUCAUAAUUUGCAACAUGUUUCAUGUGCAUUUAUUAAACUUAGCUUCCAAUUUUAUUGGACCCUUUUCUGAGGCAUUUGGAUGAUUAAGGCCAUUAACACAUUAUAUGUGCACAGAAUGAUUGAUAACCUGUGCUAGAAUUAGCUUUCAUCAUUCAAAAAUGAGUAUCUUGUUCUGUAUAAUGAUGCUGAGUUUCCCAAGUACAUUGUGCGAAGCAGUGUGUUCUCUUCGACUUUGACCUUCUCUGACUAACUUGUGUUAUCUUAUUCUGAUUUUCCGGAAUCCAGUCCUGAUCAGUGACUCGGCCAUGCGGCUGUGUCAGUUCUGCUCGGAGUUGAGGGAGUUGGAGGGUGAUUGCUGGGUUUGACUGGAUGCUGUUUAUUACAAUGUACGGGUAAAGAAAUAAAAGGCUGUCUGCAGUAUGUUGUCAGAGCAUUUCUUGUGGCUGAGCUGGGCCUCUGAGAUAUCUCUCAUCAGCUCCCACAACCUCUUCUAUCUAAGCAAUGGUAUCCCAGCCCAGCUGUAUAUGUGCCCACAGCUGUCAGCACCUACAGAUAAAAUACAAUUGGACAAUGAUUCCCCUCCCUGGAUGUCACUCCUUUGGACCACUUGGAUCCACCACUAUCUUGCCCUGCCCCUCUUUGUGCUUGAAGAGUUUGAUCAGCAAAACCCCUCAGCUCAAGUUUGCAAAUGGGAAUUUCGAACCGGUUUCCCAACCACUGGGAGGUCAUCCCGAGUUGUUUCUUCUUCAAAUGGCACCAGUUCUGCAGGAAUCUUUGUUCCGAGGACAGACGCCCCACACCAUAGCACUGUGUCAAAAACGACACGUUUGAAAUCUGCUGGGCGACGGUUUUAUAAAGCUGUGUGGGGUGAUGUCAAGGAGAUCAGCAAGGGGAAUGCUCAUCUUUUUGUUUACCUCAAGUGAGAUGAUUCUCUGACAGUUUGGCCUGAUUUGGUAAUCAGACUCUUGGUUUUGUCUUUUCAUUUGGGCAGGGUGAAGUGUCCUCCUGAGCACAGGAAAUGCCCAGCGAAAAUUUGGGUGUUGCCUGACCACAUAGAGACGGUGCAUUUCGGUCAGCCAAUGCCCAGAUUUCCAAUCUCCAGACAGAACAUCUAUGUCAAGAAACUGAUAUCUGAGUUCAGAGUAACUUAGACAGUGAUUUUUAUUUGCAGAAUGCAAUACUGCUUUCAAUACUGCUAGCUGCGGAUAGCACUGCCCAAGUUCAAACUAUUGCAACAGUAAUCUACCUUCUGUGUAUGUCCAUUCAUGGGUAAGUAUACCCCUUGCCUUGGUACUGAACCAUACCAACUCGGAAGUCCUUGGAUCCAGCUCAUGUAACUGAGGGAGGGGUUGGGUUCUCCCAGUUCACUGCUGAUUUCUACUGAGUAAUGCGUACCUGAGUAUUGAACAAGGACCAAGUUGGGCUGGCUGUGAAUGACCGGUGCCCAUUGGAACGAGACCCUAGUUAUAGUCUGUAGUGUUGGGUAAGUGGAGGUGAGGAAAUCUCAAGCCUUUGUGGGUUUUCAGCACAUUGCUUCAGUAAAGUGGGUGACAGAGGCAACUGCAUUUGUCGUUCAUUCACCAUGACACUCACUGAUAACAGCAAACAACAGAUGGAUAAAAGCAGACACGGAUGCUUAUUUUCAUAGAAUCCCUACAGUGUGGAAACAGGCCCAUUGGCCCAACAAGUCCACACCAACCCUCAGAGCAUCCCACCCAGACCCGUCCCCCUUUAACCCACCUAAUCUACACAUCCCUGAACACUAUCAGCAAUUUAGCAUGGCAAAUCCACCUAGCCUGCACAGCUUUGGACUGUGGGAGGAAACUGGAGCACCCAGAGGAAACCCACGCAGGCACAGGGAGAAUGGAGAAUUGAACCCAUGUCCCUGGUGCUGUGAGGCAACAGUGCUAACCACUGAGCCGCUGUAUCUUCCUUUAAGUUCUUUCCUUUCUGAUGAACAUUCCAAAUGAAUUGGCAAAAUUCAUUGUCUCGUCAUUGACAAGAUUAUCCCAUUCACUUACUGAGAUGUAGAUGUGUGUCACAACCUGUGUGUGUCCCCUGCCACCAGCGCCCCCAUACUCUCUUGGAGUGGGGCGAACAUACUGCAGAACCCACAGAGUUGUGAGAAAUGUCAGUGUACUGCGAUCAUUGUAAUCCUCCUUUCAUGAGGAUCCAUUUAACUGCAAGGCUGGUGAUCUGUCAGGAAACAACACCCUGGCAACUUGCAACCCAUAGUGGCACCCUACUUAAAACGGUGCAAAUAAAGAUGCCAGUUUGGAUUAAGCAAACAGCAAUGAUGGCAUAGACUAGCAUAGCAAUCAACUGCUACCAGUCAAUAUCUGCCAUCUGCCACAACUGGCCAGUGUCAGCCCUGUUUUCUGGCCACAACAAAUCACUUGCCUUGGUUAUGUUUAUGGUAAAUUAUAUGUUUAUGGUUAAUAUAUUUGACUCUUCCCCUUUGGAUACUAAUCAUGCCCUCAGAUUUUAAAGAAUGGUACAUCUGAAUGAUUAUUAUCAAUUCUGUUUACAAAGAGUCUUGUCCUUUCAAUUUUAAUAUUUAAAUAAACAUGUUGUACGUAGAUGUGUAAGAGAAAUGUUUCUUUAAUCCUGUUUACAGGACAGCUGCUCGUAUUUACAGAAGCUUUGUGUUAACUUGGGUGUUUUCUUCGUAAGUUUAUCCGUGACUCUGAGAUUCUGUGGUUCAUUUUGUCUGACAACAGCAAUGUUUCUAGCUUGGGAUUUAGGGCUCUUCAUUUCAACAAAUUGCAGGAGAAUGGAGGGCCUAAAUUCUCAGCCAGUUCUGGAGACAAAAUGGGGGCAUCUUGAAAUGGAAGUCAAACCUGAGGAGAAGCAAUUCUCAACAGUGAUAUCUACAAACAACCCUUGGGAUAAUCUGGAAAUCGAUCCUAGCAACCAGAGCUCAACUAAUCCUAGAAACAAAUCUAGAGUAAAUUCAAAACGAAACUGCGUAAAUAUAUAAAUGGACCUGACCUGAUUUGAGUUUUGUUCACUGUUUAACCACAUCUAACUAUUUCCUUUGCGGGUAAAAAUAGCCCCCGUAACAAAAUUGUUGGUUUCCUUUGGGCUAUUAUCUGAAAUUUGUGAUUAAAUAAACAUUAAUUAUC